UCUUGCUUAAGCCACACGCACGAACUGGUAGCGCGAUUUCUGGAAACAAUCUUAACAUAUAACACUCUCAAUCAUUCUCCUUCCCUUUCAUAUCCUGAACAUCUUGCAUUGUUCUCCUCCCUGAACCUGAACUGUGUGGUAAAUACAAUGGAAGACACCAGCAAACCCACAAUUCUCGUCACAAACGACGAUGGAAUCCAUGCGCCUGGCUUGAAAGCUUUGGUUCAGGUUAUCGUCGCCACCAAUCGUUACAAUGUUCAAGUCGCUGCCCCUAAUAGCUGCCUAUUUUUGCCUUUCAAGAGCAAAUCCAAAGGCGCAAUCAAAACGUUUGGAUAUGCUAAAUUCCUCUUCAGAUUAUUGUACAGGACUCCAGCUGAUUGUACUUCUCUGGGAAUUUCCAAAGAACUCUUUCCUACAGGAGCUGAUCUGGUAGUUAGUGGCACAAACAUGGGUAGCAACUGUGGGUAUCACAUGUAUGUAGCCCCCCGUUUGUUCAUUCUUUAAUUAUCUUGAGACAGGGAAGAAGGGGUAGCAUCUGAAGUUCUAUUCCCUCACAAUGUAAGGAAAAUAUAAGCAUGUUAAAAAUGGCAUUGUGGCAGACGAAGUUACUUGCUUCCUGUUUUUACUUGAUCACAAUCUUACCAUGGUGUGGAUUUAUAUCAAUUGGAUUUUCUAUAGUUUGAUCAGAAACUUUUUUUUUAUUUUUGUCAUUUGAAGUACUGAAUUGGAAGGUGCUGCUUAAAACCUGUUAUGCGGUCAUUUUUAAAAGCUGCACGUUGAAGCAAAGGAUGCAAUAGAAGGACAUUAAAUUAAAUUGAAAUAUAACUAAGAAAUAUUAUGCUGUUCACAUAUCCUGAAGAGAGCAUGGAGAUAAUCGCAUUGGCAUCCCGUAAAA